AUGUGGUCAGUUCUUUGGUACGUAUCUCACUUCCCGACUUAUUGUUGUAGAACACGCACAAAAGAUCACUUCGAGCAAAAUAUACACUAUCUAAUGUCUGAAUUUUGGAUAAUAUCCUUACCUGGUGAGCGAAAUCCGGAUGAAGUUUUCGAACGAUUGAACGCCGCAUUGUCGAAGUAUCCUGGUCUUUCUUCGCAGUGGAAAUUUAGUAUUCCCACGGAUCUAAAGGUGGGCACACUGGAUGUACUCGUUGGAUUGUCUGAUGAAUUGGCGAAAUUGGACAUCUACGCUGAAAGUAUCACCAAGAAAGUCGCCCAAUAUAUGGGUGACGUACUCGAAGAGCAAAGGCAUAAACUAGAGGAUAAUCUUACUAUCAAUGGAUUGAACCCAGCCACCUUUCUAAUCAAAUUUCAAUGGGAUUAUGCAAAAUACCCGGUAAAGCAAACACUGAGUUCUCUUUAUGCUAUCAUAUCGGAGCAACUUUCUAAAAUCGAUGCUGAUUUAAAAGUGAAAUCAACUGCCUACAACGCCGUAAAGGGGAAUCUGCAAAAUCUUGAGCGAAAGCAGACUGGCAGUUUGCUCACCAGAGACUUGGGUGAUAUCGUGAAGAGUGAGCAGUUCGUUGUUGGUUCCGAAUACUUGGCAACGUUGGUGGUAGUAGUUCCAAGGAGUUCUUAUAAAGAGUGGCAAUCCAGUUAUGCUACCCUAACCGACAUGGUUGUUCCGAAUUCAUCAGAGCUGCUUUUUGAAGACCAGGAUAAUGGUUUGUGGACCGUUACAUUGUUCAGGAAGAUGAUUGAGGAUUUCAAAAAUCGCUGUCGAGAACGCAGAUUUAUCGUCAGGGACUUUGAAUACGACGAAAAGAAGAUAGAAGAAGGCAAAACAGAGUUGUCCAAGUUAGAGUCGGAUAAGAAAAGACAGUUUGCACCGCUUUUCCGCUGGUUGAAAAUUAAUUUUGGCGAAGCUUUUUCGGCUAUGGUACAUACCAAAGCUCUGAGGGUGUUUGUAGAAUCGGUUCUUCGUUAUGGGUUACCGGUCGAUUUUCAAGCAGUACUAAUCCAACCAAACAAGAAGGCUCACAAACGUCUGCGCGAACUGCUCAGACAACUAUACAGCCAUUUGGACAGUACGGCGUCUAGCAAUGUAGUUGACGAGGAGAUUGCUCUUGUUGGAGUGAGCCCAGUGGACUACUAUCCCUACGUUUCAUUCAAAGUUGAGCUCAGCAUUCUUGAUUCACGCUGACGUGGCAACUUUCAAGUCCAUGUAGGCCCUCGUACAAGAGAGCGCAAGGCAUAAUAUUAUCUGGUAUUCUUUUUUGAUCACAGGCGUCAUCCUGAUUCAGCUGUUUGCCUCUAGACGUAUCUUUUAUGAUCACUUUGUCUCCCCCAGCCCAACAAUACCCAUUUGUCGCAGCCUCCUUUCGCGAUAGUGAUAUCCUUUCUUUUCUCUUCUUAUCUCUUCAACCUCUUAUGUUUUACCACGUUGAUUUUGUUGAAUCGUACACGUGCAUUCAUCUAUGAUCCUGCCUGGUUUAAAAAUUUGUCAACACAAUCUUCAAGAUAAACCGUCCCUCGCGGUAUUUUCACUACACCUACAUCCUGCAAAAUAAUUGGUCGGUCAACGCAAAUGUUUAUUUAUGGUGAGGGUUAAAAAAGUGGAUAGUAAUAACAACUACAUCAAGUUUUCUCAGUUCUAAUGUUGGGGAAUUCGAUCCGCUGACCUUGUCGCAAAAUGGUGAGCGACAGCUCUUCACGAUUUUCUGCUGCGGCGUACACCUGUUGGGCGUUUGUGAUAGGUAAUCCGUCGAUGGCGAUAAUGACGUCACCAGCCAUGAGUCCAGCUCU